AUGGUGUCACAGUUCCUACAUUGGUACGAAUACAACAAGCCCGUACCCUACCGCAGCUUGCUGCAGGAGAAGAUCGAACCUGGGCAGACGUUGAUCGUCAAAGGAUCGACCAUCGAUGAAUCGCAGAGAUUCACCAUCAAUCUACACAGCAAAUCAGCGGAUUUCUCCGGCAAUGAUGUGCCACUUCACAUUUCCGUUCGUUUCGAUGAAGGAAAGGUUGUUAUGAACACUUUUGCAAACGGUGAAUGGGGAAAAGAAGAGCGUAAAUCACUCCCGAUCAAGAAAGGAGACUCGUUCGAUAUCCGAAUCCGCGCUCAUGAUGACCGUUUCCAGAUCGUUAUCGACCAGAAGGAGUUCAAGGACUAUGAGCAUCGCCUUCCACUGACUAGCAUCACGCAUCUGUCGAUCGAUGGUGAUCUCUAUUUGAACCACGUACACUGGGGAGGAAAAUACUAUCCAGUCCCAUACGAGAGUGGAAUCGCAAGCGGUUUCCCUAUCGACAAGACGUUGCUCAUUUUCGGAACUGUCGAAAAGAAAGCCAAGCGCUUCAAUAUCAAUCUGCUCAGGCGAAAUGGUGAUAUCGCUCUGCAUUUCAAUCCUCGAUUUGACGAGAAGGCAGUGAUUAGGAACGCUCUGGCGGCUAACGAAUGGGGAAAUGAAGAGAGGGAAGGCAAGAUGCCGUUCGAAAAAGGAGUCGGUUUUGAUUUGGCCAUCAAAAACGAGGCAUACGCUUUCCAGAUAUUCGUGAACGGCGAGCGUUUCACUUCGUUCGCUCAUCGUCAAGACCCCAACGAUAUCAGUGGCCUCCAGAUUCAGGGCGACAUUGAGCUGACUGGCAUCCAGAUCCAGUAG